AUGCAGGUUCCCCAAACCCACAAGGCCGUGGUGUAUGACAAACCAGGCAUUAUUUCCACUCGCAUCGUGGAGUUGGACACGCCUAGUCCGGGCCCUGGCCAAAUCCUCGUCAAGAUGUGGGUCAAGCUCCUCACUGGCUGGCAUUUGGUCGCACUGACGUCUCAAACGCAGUACCCAUUCUGGAAUAUGCCACUCCGACCUCAGCCUCAUGACGAAUACGAGCCCGUGAAAAGCGGCCAGGUUGGCGGCCAUGAAGGUGUUGGCGUCGUGGCUCAGCUAGGACCGUCGUGCGAGCACUCGGGUGUCAAUAUCGGUGACCGCGUGGGCAUCAAGUGGAUCGUGUCCGCUUGCGGCAACUGUAUGGUCGGGUGGUGCUAG